AGAAAACGAUAAAGCUUCUCUCAAAAUGCCUCCUGAAACGUCAGCGGCCUCUCUGCCUUUGGAGGGGGAUCCCAGCUGGAGAUCGGGCGCGUUCCCGCCUUUGCCGUCCUCUCAGUGUUUUAUCCGCACUAUGGGGCUCCUUUAUGGAGGCCAAGGCAUGCAAGGCUUCUGUCUGAACAGGAAGAAGCAGACUGCCGCUGGACUCAGGCGGUUACAAGGGCAGGAUUUAGUGAGGCUGGUCUUCUUUCAGGCUCUGCCGUAUUUAGACGAACAGACGAGGGAUCCAAAGAAGCUCCGGCUGCGUUUUUUCAGAAUGGUGCCAGUUUUUGGUCAGCUGCUGCAGAGACACAGGAAGUGUCCCUACACCAGAGUCUUGCAGAGGAUGUGUCCGCUGGUUGAGGAGAGCCGUGCCGCCCGGGGGCAGCCGAGCUUGCUCAUCCGUCCGCACUGCGACCCGCACCGGGUCUACCUGUUCGUCAGGGCAUGCCUCAUCACCGUCGUCCCCGAGGAGCUGUGGGUCUCCGACCACAACCGGCUCCAAUUCUUCACCAAAGUCAGAUGCUUCCUGAAGAACGGCAAGUUUGAGAGAGUCUCAGUGGCGGAGCUGAUGUGGAAGAUGAAGGUGAUGGACUGUGAUUGGCUGAAGCUCCGCAGGACAGGCCGCUUCCUGCCCAGUGAGCUGACCUACCGGAUGCAGAUCCUAAGUCUGUUUCUGACCUAGCUUCUGGAUGGCUUUGUUGUGGGCCUGGUCCGGGCCUGCUUCUACGCCACUGAUAGCGUAGGGCAGAAGAGCACCAUCAGGUUGUACAGGCAGGAGGUCUGGAACGAACUCCAGGAUUUGGCUUUCAGAGGUCACGUCGCUAAAGGCCAGAUGGAGGAGCUGACUCCAGAUCAGGUGGCAUCCCUCCCCAAAGACACCAUCAUCUCCCAACUUCGCUUCAUUCCCAAGACAGACGGGAUGAGACCCAUCACUCGGGUCAUCAGGGCAGACUUAAAUACCAGGCUUCACCACUGGUGCAUCCGGGACCUGAUGGACCUGCUGCAGGCCUGUGUGCGCUCCAUGCCGUCCCUCCUGGGCUCCACUGUGUGGGGCCUGACUGACAUCCACAAAGUGCUGUCCUCUCUGGCUCCAGCCCAGAAGGCCAAACCACAGCAGCUCUACUUUGUAAAGGUGGAUGUGAGCGGAGCCUACGAGAGCCUGCCGCAUGACAAACUCAAGCAGGUGAUGAGUGAGGCUUUGUCCCCCAUCCAAGAACAAGUCUUUGCCAUCCGCCACUACGCUAAGAUCUGGAGGGAUUCCCAGGAAGACGUGAAGAAAGCCUUCGCCAAACAGGUGGAUUUCUCUGAGGGUGACCUGGGAUCCAGCACCAUGGAGAACUUCACGAUGGCCCUCCAGCAGAGCAGCAAUGUCCAUCACUCUGUCCUGGUGGAGCAGGCGUCCACCUCAAACCUUCAAGGCAAAGACGCCGUGCAGGUCUUCAUGCAGAUGCUCUCCGGCACCGUCGUCCAGUAUGAAAACAAGACGUACCGUCAGUGCGGAGGGAUUCCUCAGGGCUCGGUGGUGUCCAGUCUGCUAUGCUGUCUGUGCUACGGUCACAUGGAGAGGGUCCUCUUCAGAGACCUUACCAAAAACAGCAGGUGUUUGAUGGGGCUGGUUGAUGACUUCCUCCUCAUCACCCCAGACCUCAACCAAGCACACACCUUUCUCAGGGUCUUGCUGGCUGGAGUUGCCAACCCGCAAAAGGUAGUGGUCAACUUUCAGGCGUCUGAGUUCGGCGACGCUUUCACUGAUGUUCGUGUGCUGCCUUCUCACUGCCUCUUCCCAUGGUGUGGCCUUCUGCUGGACACCCAGUCAUUGGAUGUCUAUAAAGACUAUUCCAGCUACGCAGGCCUCUCUCUGCGCUACAGCCUCACGCUAGGCUCCACCCACUUAGCAGGACAGCAGAUGAGGAGGAAGCUGAUGUCCAUCCUCAGACUGAAAUGCCAUCCUUUGUUUUUGGACUUGAAGACGAAUUCUCAGGAGUCAGUUUACAAGAACAUCUACAAGCUGGUGCUGCUGCACUCCUGCAGGUUCCAUGUCUGCGCUCAGAGUUUACCCUUCAGUCAGACGGUCGCUAACAACCCUAGUUACUUCCUGCAGAUGAUCUGGGACAUGGUGCGUUAUGCCGACACUCUCAUCAGGCGUUGCAACAGAGGGUUGGUUCUAGGGGACAAAGCUCAGACGGGCAGCAUUCAGUACGAGGCCGUGAAGCUUCUCUUCUGUCUGUGCUUCCUGCUGGUUCUGUCCAAACACCGACCCGUCUACAGAGACCUGCUGCCACACCUGGACAAAUGCAAGUGUAACGAAAAGCGCCACCUGGAGAGGCUUCUAGACCUGAGGCUUGCCAGGGUCCAACAGGCCUCUAACCCCGGGGCUCUGCUGGAUUUCCUGCAGAUGUAACUCCACAGGGGUUCAGGUUGGCUGCAGUGGAUGACCUUUUGACUCUAGAGCGAAUCAGUCUGACCACAACCACAGGAACGAUGCAGAGGAGGAUGAUGAUGGCGAACACCCAGUCCGGAUAGUUCUUCACCUCAGUGUGAGGGAACAGUUCCUAAAGACAAGAAAGAGGAUGUUAGGAACCAAUCAAAAUCAGAAUUUGAGAACAUGUUUGCUGAUGGAUAUCAGAUGUGUUAGUACAACUUCUCUGUUUAAGUGUAAACACUGCCACCUGAAACUGGUGUGGGACAUAACAUUCAGUCCAUGAGGUUACAGGGAAACACAAAGAGGUCACAGACAUCCGGACAGAUUUCAAGCUUCUCGUUAUUCCAAUUUUAGAAGCCACGUUCCUCAUGUAGUUCAAGAAUGUUAUAUUAUGUGUUAAGUAUUUUUCUGUGAGGAACUGGGACGAUUUAUGGUUUGUUUUUAUGAAAUGUAUGUUGUUGGUGUGAAAUGUUGCAUUAUUUAAAUGAUGGAUACAACAAUAAAUUUGCUUUGAUUUUAUUUUGACAUGUUUAGUUUUUAUAUGUAGAUGUUAUUAAUGGGUUUAAAAUUUUUGUGAAAUCUUUAAAGUUUAUGUGAAACUUGUAAAAUGUGUUUUUAUGCUUAUGGACCCCAGGAAGACUAGCGACCACUCGCUGGAAGCUAAUGGGGUUCCAAAUAAACAAACAAACCUCAUCUAGAAGUUAAUAAAAGUUUUGUGAGGUUUCUUCAAAACCAAAAUGUAAAACUGACUGUUAAUUCUUCAGCUACUGAUGUACAGCUUUACGUUGAGAUGUUUAUGUUCCAACUCUGAAAUAAAUGUUGAAAGCUUUUUUAAAUAAAUAAAAAAAUAAAAUUGUUCUCUGAGAUCUCAGGAUAAAAAAUUUGAAAAAAAUAAAAGGGAAUCCUCAAAAAUCAAUUCAAUUCCGUUACCGCGCUCCUGCUUAACCUUCCGAUUCAAGAUGUCCAGAUUUCCCGAAAUUCAGCCGCGCAGAAUCCCGGUUGGUGCACUUUGGAUCUUCAAGGAGAGUCCAGCAUAGAAAA